AUGAAAACACACGACUCCGAAUGAAUCGUUAGUCACGCGCUUUGUGUAUCUAUCGGUUUAUUGCUUCUUUCUUAAUUUUUUUACUGUAAAAUCUUAUGAUAUAUAUAUAUAUAUAUAUACUAUAAAACCCAGGCACUCACGCGCUCUGCCUGUGUUGACCGGUGUGUGUGUGUGUGUGUGUGUGAGAGAGAGAGCAUGCAGCGCUCAGCAGGUGUGUGUGUGUGCGUGUGUGUGCUGUGCGGGUUACCUGCAGUGGGGAAGUCCACCCUCACACACCUGCUCUCUGAUCACCUUCACACACUCGGCUGGAGGACUUUUAUCGUCUCAUAUGACGAGUUAAUACCUGAGGAGGCUUUUCGCUUCAACACACCUGAGAGAGAUGAUGAUGAUGAUGAUGAAGAUGAUGAAGCGUCGAGACAGCAGGCGGGGUGGAAGCAGCACAGACAGGCCGUAUUGGAGUGUGUGGACGGUUUCCUGCGGGAUCUCAGCGCUGACAGACUUCACACACACACCGGAGGAGGAAGUGGAGGAACAGGAAGUGUGUGUGAACGCUUUCAGGAGGCCAUGCAGAAGCAGCAGAUCCUCACAGCGUUACACAACACACACUCCCAACCUCAGAGACUUGCCCUGCUGCUGGACGACAACUUCUACUACCACAGCAUGAGAUACCCAGUGUACCAACUCGCACGCAGACAUUCACUGGGCUUCUGUCAGCUUUACCUGCACUGUCCACUGGAGGUGUGUCUCCAUAGAAACAGGGUCAGAGGUCAGCCGGUGUCGGAUGAUGUCAUCACCAUGAUGUCCAGUCGCAUGGAGCCUCCGAACACUGAGAAGAACCAGUGGGAGAAGAAGAGUGUGACUGUGGACAACACACACACUGUCACACACACACAGCUACAGGAGGUGCUGCAGGUGAUUUCUUCAGCAGCUGAAAAUCCUCUGAAUCCAGUUCAGGAUGAUUCAGAACAGAGGGAGGCAGACAGACAGCGCUGUGCCUGCAGUGUGGUGCAUCAGGUGGAUCAGGUGUGCAGGAGACUCGUCUCUCAGGCCAUGGUGACAGCCAGAGAGCGAUCAGUGAGCGGUGAGCAGAUGAAGGCUUUAUCCAGAGAUCUGAGUGAGGAGAAGAGUCGCUUCCUGCAGGAGCUCAGAGCUCAGCUUCUCCAGCAGCUGGGACAGGACGAGUGUGUGUGUGUGGACCGUGUGGUCACCAUCGCCACCAACACGUUUACACGCAGAACACACGUGACCAUGGAGCGACACGGCCUACAGGACACGCCCUGCUCAUAAUCACAGUGUGACAUGCAGAACAGGAUUAUUAAUAAAAACCUCAUUUACACUUUAUAAUCAGAUGUGUUCACAUUGUCAGAGCUCUGUGUGUGUAGGGUGUGUAUGCAGUGUGUGUGUAUGAAGUGUGGUGUGUGUACGGAAUGUGUUUGUACAAAGUGUGGUCUGUGUGUGUGUACAGAAUGUGUGUACGGAGUGUGUGUGUGUAGUGAAUGUGUGUGUAUGUGUGUGUGUACGGAGUGUGUGUGUGUAUGGUGUGUAGGGAAUGUGUGUGUAUGUGUGUGUGUACGGAGUGUGUGUGUAUGGUGUGUAGGGAAUGUGUGUGUACAAAGUGUGGUCUGUGUGUCCAGAGAUUUAAUUAACUUUUUAUUAUGAAUCCAUUCUCUAAAUAAAGUUCUAUAAUUAAAGAGAAUAAAAACAGAAAUAAACUCUGUAGUAAAUGAACUGGAGUAAUCAUGUUGUCUUCAUUAUUUUCUAACAUCAACAAUUAUUUUUAAAUUGGAAAAAAAAGUUAUUUGUUGUGAAAUACAACCUCCAGCACCAGUCUCAAUUCAACAAACUGUGUUUAUUAUUCUAUUUAUUUAUAUAUAAAAAGAUUCAUUUAUAAUUUGUUAAUGUUUAUUAAAAGAUCAUUUUUGUUUCCUUUAUAUAUAUAUUUUAAUAAAAUAAGCAUGUUUUAGAUUUUUUAAUUUAAUGAGAAAGGAUAUGACGAGCUUUUAAUUUUUUAUUGAAUUAUUUUCUGAUAUUUACAGCUCUCUCUC